CCGCGGACUGUCGCGCUGGGGGCGCUCACGCACGCCGGCCGGCGCAGACACGCCAGUCGACCGCCACGCGCGCCUCGCCGCUCUGUCGCUCCUCAUGCCGGACCUGCCGCCCAGACUCGCGCCGGCAACCAUGCUGCUAGGCCUGGUGGCGCUACUGGCGCUACUGCUGGUAGCGCGCGCGAGCCCGCAGUGCGACCACUACGGCGGCUGUCGGCACCACUUCCCCUUCGUGCCGGCGCCGCCAGGCAAGACGCCGCCUUGCGCCAAGCCGGGCGCCACCUUCUGCGAGAAGAUCGACAGCUACCCCACGCAAUUGAUUCGGUACUUGAUUGAGAGGUGGGGCUAUGACUACAGCACGCUCUUUACUGACGAGUCCAGAGACGACUUCAACUACAGGUCGCCCGCCGCCUACGGCCCGCUGCGAGACACGUACUCGCCGCACGUGCCGCACCUGCCCAAGCUGUCCGUGCCCGUGUCCUACUACCCGCUGCUCGUGCCGGCCAACACGAGCGGGCACGCCGGCUACCCGGACCGCCGCUACAAGCUGUACACGUCGCCCCUGCUCUACACGGCGCUGCUGCAGCCCUCGCUGCCGCAGUACUCGCCCGACGACUGGUGGACCAGGUACGCGCGCUCCAACACCAACUCGGAGGGCAACAACGGAGUCAGCAGCAGCUGGAACCUCUCCGGCGGGCGCAAGAGGCGCCAGGCCGCCGGCUCCGGCAACCAGAACACGCUGUGCCCCACCACGACCAGCUUCGUCACGCCCAAAGCCGCCAUGAACAAGGAGGGCAACUGGAUGUACGUGGUGAACGUGCCCGAAGUGGACGACCGGUACACCCAGCUCGUCGGCACGGAAACAUGCGUGUCAAAUCAGUGCAAUGGACUUUGUACCAUUCCUAAUGGCUACACAUCUCGCUGCGAACAACAGUUCGUACAAAAAAGACUGGUUGCUCUUGAAGGUGGAGGAAAUAAUCUCUACACAGACGUGUUUUGGUUCCCUCAUUGCUGCGUAUGUCAGAUUACUCAGAACAAUGGGUAGGAUUUGAUAACUCAUUUUUACAAGAAUUUAAGUUUUUUAUCAGUUUAAACAUCCUUUAAUCACUCGUUAAACUGUUAUAUUACCAAUAAGCUUCAGCAACAUUAAUCAAUGUUACUACAAGAGAGCUGAUCAUAAAAUGAGUGAAAAGUUACUUAUACCACCUUAAAAUUAUGGUUUCUAUACCCGCAGAGUUACACAAGAUAUAAUGAAGUACUUUAUUAAUUUAUUUUGGUGAACGAAUUAUGUUUGAUUUUAAAAUUAAGUUUUUCCAUGAAAAGAAACGCAUGAAAGAUUAAAUUCAACACAGUGCUAUUAUAUGUUUAAGUGUACCUCGAUGACAUUAUAAUCUGGCACUUUCGUUACCAAGAAAAAAUGUAUUUCUACAAGUGUAUAUAUUUAGAGAAGAAUGUUGUUAAAUGCUAUGCUGCGAAUAUAGUCUGCCAUUGUUGAAAAUUAUGAACAUUUUUUAAUAUUGUUUUUAGUUCAGUCACUGUUUUACUAUAGUCGGACUAAUAAAAAAUAAUUUUAUGAAAGUCAUUGACUAUCCUCUAUGUACUUAAUGUGAAAAUAGACUUGUGACAAUAAAGAAAUUUAUUUUAUUA